AUGCCCAGGGAAGACAGGGCUACGUGGAAGGCCAACUACUUCACCAAAAUCAUCCAACUAUUGGAUGAUUUUCCAAAAUGCUUCAUCGUGGGAGCAGACAAUGUUGGCUCCAAGCAAAUGCAGCAGAUCCGCAUGUCCCUGCGGGGAAAGGCUGUGGUGCUUAUGGGGAAGAACACCAUGAUGAGGAAGGCCAUCCGUGGGCACUUGGAGAACAACCCAGCCCUAGAGAAGCUUCUGAAUCAUAUUCGAGGGAACGUUGGUUUUGUGUUCACCAAGGAAGAUCUGACAGAAAUCAGGGACAUGCUGCUGGCCAAUAAGGUGCCUGCUUCAGCUCGUGCAGGUGCAACUGCGCCCUGUGAAGUGACUGUACCUGCUCAAAACACCGGGCUGGGACCUGAAAAGACGUCUUUCUUCCAGGCUUUGGGUAUCACCACCAAAAUCUCCAGAGGAACCAUUGAAAUCUUGAGUGAUGUACAGCUCAUCAAGACUGGUGACAAAGUGGGUGCCAGUGAAGCCACACUCCUAAACAUGCUGAACAUCUCUCCAUUUUCUUUCGGGCUAAUCAUCCAACAAGUGUAUGAUAAUGGCAGCAUCUACAAUCCUGAAGUGCUAGACAUCACUGAGGAAGCCUUGCAUGUCCGCUUUUUGGAGGGUGUCCGCAAUGUUGCAAGUAUCUGCCUGCAGAUUGGUUAUCCCACCAUUGCUUCUGUGCCUCAUUCAGUCAUCAAUGGGUACAAGAGAGUUCUGGCUGUAGCUGUGGAGACAAACUACAGCUUUCCACUGGCAGAUAAGGUCAAGGCUUUCUUGGCUGACCCCUCUGCUUUUGUGGUUGCUGCUCCUGUCGCUGCUGUUGCUGCAGCUGCAGCUGUUAAGGAGGAGAAGAAAGUGGAAGAAUCUGAGGAAUCAGACGACGAUAUGGGAU